AUGCAUUAGGAAAAUAUAAGGAAUGAAUUAAGGGCUCUUUUGUUUGGCAAAUAGGGAUUGAGAAUAAGAAGAUCAGUGGAUAUCGAAAAUGUAAUUGUCCAAUAGGAAGAGGUACAAUCAGCUGUAAGAUUUAAAGAUGCAUAUGUGUUAUAGGAAAAGAUAGGUGAAGGGGCACAUUCGGUUGUUAGAAAAUGUUACAAAAUUCCUAAAUAGAAGAGUAAAAAGUCAUUAAUGUCUAAAUCCAUUUAAGUUUAUGCUGUGAAAUGCUUCAGAACUGAUGAUCCAGAGAUUGUCAACACAAUCAUACAGACAUUCAAUUUGUAGAGACAAUUAUUAGACAUCCCUUAAGUGUGCAGGACUUACGAUUUAUUCAUCGACCAAUAAACAAAGCAUCAUUAUCAAGUGAUAGAAUAUUGUGAUAGCCCUAAUUUGGAAUAAGUGUAUCGCAACCUCACUCUCAGAUAGAAACAAGACACAAUUAAACAGUUAGUUUAGGUUAUUGCCUAAAUUCAUGCCAGAGGAAUCUCACACAGAGAUUUAAAACCUGAAAACAUUCUGAUUUAAACUGAACCAAACAUUUAAAUAAAAUUAAUUGAUUUUGGAGUCUCCAAACGAUUCAAAUAAAGAGACAACUUUACUGAAAUGUGGACUGCAACUGGAACUAUCUUAUAUUAGGCUCCAGAAGUCUUUCUAGGAGGAGGCUAUGAUGAAAAAGGUAUCCUUACAUUUGUAUCUGCAGUCGACAUUUGGUCCAUAGGAAUCAUACUCUAUCAAUUGUUAUGUUCAACUCUCCCCUUUUAUGCUGAGACCAUCAGUGAAACUAUAGAAUAGAUUACUUCGCUGGACCCUUAAUUUCAAUAUUCCCAAGAAUUUUUGAACUUGAAUCCAAUUCAAAGAGACCUUAUUAAGAGACUGCUCAAACUUCAUCCUCAUUAGAGAUUAUCUGCCCAUGAAAUACCCUUACAUCCAUGGUUUGAUUAAGAAAAUCAUGUAGAUGCAAGUUCUGAUGACAUGAUUCUAACAUAAGAUACUAUUUUAGAAGAGAGAACAAUGUCUAAUUAAAUCGGUACAGAAAUCACAGAAUAAUAAUUCUAAAAUUUAAUGGACAGUCUUGAGUGGGGUAGAAGAAUUCAUUUUAACUAAUGA